AGCCUGUGAGCAGCCUAGAGCCUACACUGCAGACUGCCCACAAGCACGCUGUGGUCCCAGGCUGGGCGCAUGCUGCGCUGGUGCACCCCAGUCAGCUCCAAGCCUCAGCUCCAAGUGCCUCACAGCCCGAGAGCCAGCGGCAGCCUUGAGUCGCCAGGACAAAGAUGCCCCACCGCAGCCUGCACGCGACCAUAGUCCUCCUGCUGGUGAUCCUAACUGUGCAGCCUUCCAGCUCGGCCCCACUCAACGGAUCCAAGUGGACUUAUGUUGGUCCUACUGGGGAAAAGAACUGGUCCAAGAAGUACCCAUCAUGUGGGGGCCUCCUACAGUCCCCGAUAGACCUACAUAGUGACAUCCUCCAGUAUGAUGCCAGCCUCACACCCUUACAGUUCCAAGGUUACAAUGUGUCUGCUGAAAAGCUGUUGAACUUGACCAAUGAUGGCCAUUCAGUGAGACUGAAUCUGAACUCGGACAUGUAUAUCCAGGGUUUCCAGCCUCACCAAUACAGAGCAGAGCAGCUGCACUUGCACUGGGGGAACCGCAAUGACCCCCACGGCUCUGAACACACCGUGAGUGGGAAGCACUUUGCUGCCGAGCUGCAUAUUGUCCAUUAUAACUCAGACCUGUACCCUGACUUCCGCACCGCCAGUGACAAGUCAGAAGGCCUCGCUGUCCUUGCCGUUCUCAUUGAGAUAGGCUCCACCAAUCCAUCAUAUGACAAGAUCUUCAGUCAUCUUCAACAUGUUAAGUACAAAGGCCAACAAGCACUCAUCCCAGGCUUCAACAUUGAAGAACUUCUGCCUGAGAGCCCUGGCGAGUACUACCGCUAUGAAGGGUCCCUGACUACACCUCCUUGCUACCCUACUGUGCUCUGGACAGUUUUCCGAAACCCUGUGCAGAUCUCCCAGGAUCAGCUGCUGGCUUUGGAGACAGCUCUGUAUUUCACACACAUGGAUGAUCCUUCCCCCAAAGAAAUGGUCAACAACUUCCGGCAGGUCCAGAAGUUCGAUGAGAGGCUGGUGUAUAUCUCCUUCCGACAAGUAGGACUCCUUACCGACACAGGACUGAGUUUGGGUGUCAUCCUUUCCGUGGCCCUGGCUGGUGUUCUUGGCAUCUCCAUUGUUCUGGCAGUAUCUGUUUGGCUCUUCAGAAGGAAGAAGAGCAAAAAAGGUGACAACAAGGGAGUCAUUUAUAAGCCAGCCAUCAAGAAGGAGACUGAGGCCCACGCCUGAGGUCCCUGGCACUCUCAGACAUCCAAGAAAGGACCUUGCUUUGGACACUACAUACUUUGGCUCUCUGGACACUUGAAAUACCUCAAGGUGUUCUCUGGAGCUCAACUGUUACCCCUUCCCCAGACUCCUGUGAGGCUUCCGGCUGGGCUUCCCAUGUUCUGCUGUCACAGCCACCCCAGGGGGACCAGUGAGUGUGAUGAACUGAACUAGGGGACAGGAGAUCUCAGUGGAUUGCUCUAGCUAGACGAGAUGGCUAAAGAUUCUGAAUUCUGGCUCACAAACCUAACCUGCUUGUGGGCUAUUACAGUAUGGAAAAUACUUGCAUCCCGGGUUCAUCUUGACACAUUCCCAGAGCCUUGGACAUCCUAGUUAUUCUCUAACCUCCAAACCCUUUGCUCAGGUGAUACGUUUGAACAUCAGUUUCCUUGGAUUUCCUUCUGCCCUGACAGACCCUCCAGCUUGACCUCAUGCCUAUGGGGAAGAACCGAGACAGAAAACAUCAGAUUAUCAGAAAAAAGUGAAAAAACUAUAAUACACUAGGGCAUUUCCACAGUCCCGUCUUUUGGGUUAGAGACAUUGACCAAACCUUUCAGCAAUGCAGGCUCAAGUUCUGUUUCUUAGUGGGGAUAAAGAGGACCCAGAGAAAAAGAAACAGAGGGACGGGGAAGGCAUGCAUUGUCCGGAAGUCUUCCUUUGGAGUCAGAACUAGAAUCAAGACACAGUGAAAGAAACUGAGUCUAAGUUACCGCCUGCUAACCCCAGGAGGGCAGUUGAGCUUUACCCUCCUCUCCGCUGCUAGGAAGUGAGUUGCUUUCUCUCUCCUGCAGUAGAUGUGACUUGUGGAAUGAUCUGUCUGUUGUGAAUCCACGGGAAACAGACAGAAGCAAGACUACUCUACAGCUUUGUCUCUUUCGCCCAAAUGCCAGCUCUACCUUGUCUGAUAUCUCUACUCCUCUGCCUGUGGGCAAGUCUAAACGAUGUUUAGUCAACAUGUAUUUCAUACUAUCAAAGCAGGAAGCUACCUGCGUAGAGCCAAACCAGAUCCUGGUAUUUAAGUACCAAAAUCAACAGAAUGUUCCCAAGGUUUUCCCUGUUCUCUCCACUCAGUCACACGGUUUCUGAGAAUACUUAAUUCCUUCUUCAUGUUCUUCCCACAGAGGUGAUACCCUGUGGAGAGCAGUCAGCUCCAGCCCCUGAUUGCUAGCACAGGGAGUUCUCCUAUUUAAUCUCAUUUUGACAGCAUGGAAUGUCCUCUUGAAGCACAAGGUUUUUUGUUUUUGUAUCUUUUUCCUUCUACCCCUUCCUCUGACUUGCUAAAAAUCUUUUUCUACCAUUAUAACUUUUCAUAAUGGCAAUCCCUAUGUCUUUGUAGUAUAAUUCGCUGAACAGGGUUACAGGUGACCCAAUGGAGGCUUGGCCGUGUGUGCAGUGUAUGUGCAUGCACAUGGGCUCUCUGACAGCCUUGGAGUCUGGAUGCCACCCUAGCCUUGCAACUGACAUGCCUGAUGGUAUCACCACAGUAAGGACAACCAUCAAGAAGAAGCGACACAACUCAGAGAGCCAGAAUUGUCAGCCAGUGCUAGCAUAAAGCACUCUGGGACAGCAAGACUGUCUCAAUUAUAUACUGACAAGUUAAGUGAGAGCACAGCGAGAUCGUCAUACCUGACCUGAGGACUGAGCAUAAAAGGAGAUAUGCUAAGAGGUGAAAACAGUGGCAUUUCUCCUUCCCUCUUCCCAUUCAGCAUGGCCCAGACAUUCAGUCUCCGUUCAACCCUCAUGGCUGAGACGAAACAAAGCCAGGGAGGCAGAAAGAGUGUGCCGAGAAUCAGUGCUGUGGACCUUUAACUUUUGAAGAUGCAGCUUUCUCCAUAUUCCCAAACACUCUGGAUGCCUGGCCACCCCUGAGGGAACCCGGUCCUGUGGUGUGUGAUGCACAGCUCACCUUACACUCCUUAACUCGCCUGUGUGAGGUGUAAGGUGGGUGCCUAGGAGAGCCUGGGCGGGCACAGGGCUGGGCACAUGGCAGGUGAAGAAGAUCAACACAAGGCACGGGCAGGUGGGGCAUGCACUGGGGACACGGGGAGGCACUGGUUUCUGCAGUCUGUCCCCUGCCUCUAAUGGGAGAAUUACAGUCUCGCUGUCCCUAUUAUAGGAAGGCCUGCACCCAUGGCUUUAAUAGGCAUUCUAGAAUUUGUUUCACUUACUGUCUUAAUCAUAUUUCUAUUCCUCUUCCUCUCAACACUCUUUGAAGGCCUCCUGAUCAGCCCUGAGGGAAUAGUAUCCCUGGGUCCCCGUGCCUCUCAUCCCAUAGACCACUGUGAUGAUGGCCUGUUUAGCACUUCUAUAUUUAUUGUACCAAUGAUUGUAAUGAAGACAUACACUGAAAAUACAAGAAAUUGUAAUAAAAAUAUUUUUCACAUCA